AUGAUAGGCAAGGUGCUGUACUUGAAUGCACUCUACUUGCUCACUCUCCAAUUCCCAAGAACAUCAUCAUCGAACCAACAGUACCAAUCAGUUGGAUUCAUUGUUGACGUGGGAUCAGGAAUGACUCAUCGUCUCGCGCAACAACUAGAACAGGAGUUGAAGACAGCGCUCCAAGGAAAUAUGUCAAAUUUUUCGAGAUAUGCUCUAGCACUAGUUUCUCGUCAAGGUGCGCGUCGGUUUUUCACGACCACAUCAUCAGUAGAGCUCUCUUACAAUCUUGAUCUGCAAAACUACGCGAACACGAGGUUACUCUGUAGAGAAGCCGUUGUGUCUGCUGUCUUGGAAGUCGCAAACGCUAUCCGCGGUCACACUCCUGCUACACUGUUCGUCUUUACAGCUGGAAAUCUAGAGUGGAGCAGACGGGCUUCUUCUCAAGUCUUGACUCAUCUGUCUGACGUAGGAGUGCAGUUGACGGUCAUUGUACUAGACACACUCGAGCAGUCUGUAAGAGAAACCUACUGGUCGCACAACUUAAACCAUUCCAACUUCAAUUCUCUUCUGCGCUUAACCAAGUCAGAAAUGCACAUGCUCAGCAAAUUGCUACGCACAAUCACCUCCAAAGUUCAGUCUCAUCUACUGCACACCGAAGAUUUGCCAAUGGGCAACAGUACAGUCGAACUCCGACUGAACAAUCAAUAUGAUUCGUUACUUCUGACGUCAGACGGUAGACUGGAUUCAGUUGCAGUGCAAACGCAAGACGGAGAGACUCUUGCAUUCCUUUCCGCCAUUAACUUGAAAUACGGCUAUGCUGGAUCAAUAUCUCAAGAUUUGUCUCCUGGUCUUUACUUAAUACACAUCGUGACUAGUUCGAGUGCCAUUGUGACUGUGAGAAGUGAACGUCAGUUGCAGUCGCCAAGAUUUUGUGAGGAGCUUGAUGAUGUCUGCUUCAAAGCAACCACAUCUUUUAGUCCUGUAAAAGGAACACUUUAUUAUGUGAUCACAACAUCAGACAUCGUUUUUGAGAGAUAUCAAGUCAGUCUUGACUGCAAGAACUGCAUCUAUGAUAUGACAGCUACUAUACGCUCUCUACAUACUAAAACACGUGUUCGAGUUCCAGUUUCACCGUUUCAUCUCGACAUCAUUGGAUCGUCUCCCACAGCAGAGCAAAUUACUCGCUACGAGAUCAGACCUGAUGGCGCAUACGAUUGUGAUGGCUGGUUGUGUCUUACUCUUUCAGGUGCUCCGAGGGCUUUUCUGCAGUCUUUCAUCAUUACAGUAGCUGCAGCACAAGAGUUGCAACUGAUUUGCGCAACGAGCAGCCCCGACAACUUCAAUACAUACGGCUGGCGUUUCCCCACUACGCUCGAAUAUCAAGCUAGCAAUGAGAGCAAUAGACGAGUAGUUACCAUUUCUAAUGCAACAGUUCAGCACGAAGGAGAAUAUCAUUGCAAGGUAGAGAACUCAAAAGGAUAUGCAGAGAUCACAUUUAGCGUCACAGUUCAAGGAGAGCCAGUUGUUGCAGCGUCUUCUGAGAUUGUGUCGGUCAGUGUUGGCGAGGAAGUUAAUCUACCUUGUCAGGCGUUUGGCCGUCCGUUAGUUAUAAAAUGGUUGAAUAAGGAAGGAAACAAGUUGGGGAAGAGCUCACGCCACGAGGUGACGGACAAUGGUACCUUGACUAUUCUACGGACAACAACUUCGGAUUCCGGAAUCUAUUUGUGUGUGGUGUCCAAUUCAUUUGGAAAUACUACUAAAACAACACAACUUAUUGUUAAAAGUUUGGCAGCUGUGAGAUCUGUGAAGGUACGGGUAGGGAAACCCGCCUACUUCGAUUGCCAGCCACCUGAUGGGUUGACACAAACUAACGAUGUUACCUGGUGGAGCGGAGCUAUGAUAAUUCCAGAGCAAUCAGAAACGUUCUCUGUAUUACAAAACGGAACUCUGAUAAUUAAAGCAGCCGACUACUUUCUUCGAGGAUUGUACUCGUGUUCAGUGGGAGAAACGACGACCGGCUACAGCGCAGAUUACCUUCUGAGCGUCUUGGAGCCACCGACUAUUCUUGAUUACGGAUUUAACGCAGUUACAGCGGCUGAAGGAGAGGAACUGCUCAUUGCUUGUACUGCUACAGGAUUUCCUCCUCCAAGUUACGGUUGGUCCAUAAAUUCCAUGCCACUGUCAGAAAUCGGUCGAGGACGAAUCUCUGUGACCACGUCCGGUUCUCUCUUCUUUGAGACUGUCUCUAACAGUGACGAGGGCAACUACACAUGCACUGCAACCAACGCGCUGGGAUCCGACAGUCAAUCAUUCAGUGUCAUUGUAGAAGGUCCUCCGUAUUUUGAUGUCAAAGACGGUCCGACAAGAAAAUCAGUGCGAGGAGUAUUGGGAUCUGCUCUCACUUUGGCCUGUCCCAUUCGCGGUUACCCAGUUCCUGGCUUUGUCUGGUUUUUUGAUCGCAGACGAAUAGCGCGGUCCGAGCGCAUUUCUCUUGACCUAAGUGGGUCUUUAGAUAUUAAAAAGCUAGAGGAGACAGACGAGGGAUCUUACAGUUGCAAAGCCGUCAACACAUAUGGACAGAAAGAAUUCAAAUUCGAACUUGUAGUUGAAAUCCCACCGAAAGCUUCCAAUAAGCAUUUGGAAGUGCGAGGUGUGGAAGGCCAGCCAUUGUCUCUCGAAUGCAAUGUGUUGGCGGUUCCGGUACCCGAGGUCAAGUGGUCAAAGGUUAAGAAGCAGGGCAAGAAUUCUCUCUUAGCUACCAAUGAAACUCUUUUUAUAAGCUCGUUGCAAGUUGAUGACGGCGGUGAUUAUAAGUGCAAGGCCAGCAACUAUCUUGGAUCGGUAACAGUAAACGUUCAUGUUGUCGUCGCAGUUCCUCCGCACAUUGAACCCUUGCCACACAACAUCGCAGACAUAGCCAUUCCUAUUGGAUCGACUCUGACAAUUCCGUGUGUAGCUUCAGGCUUUCCUUUACCGGAAGUCGAGUGGAGGCUAGGAAGCAAAAAGGUAAAGUUCGAAGUCCUGGAUGGUGAGAUGAACGUAGUAGACUUUACGAAAGCGGACGUUGGAGAUUAUACGUGCGUUGCCAAGAAUGAAGCUGGACGGUCGCGACGCCAUCUUCAAAUGACCAUAGACGAGUCAGUGGAAUUCGUCACGUGGAGUCAGUGGUCUGCCUGUACUCGAACAUGCAGUGGAGGAGUCCAAGUUCGCAGAAAGCAGCAGGAAUGCUUGUCACCCGACAAUGCUUGUCCUGAUCUGAAAGAGAUCCGGUCAUGCAGUGACCAAAUUCUGUGUCCCGUUGAUGGCCAGUGGAGUGAUUGGAGCCUGACUGGCUGUUCAGAGACUUGUGGCGGUGGCUUUCGUUGGAGAUAUAGAGAAUGUAAUAAUCCACCUCCUAAUGAUGCAGGACGUUCGUGUGUGGGACAGAGCAGGAAACUGGAGAUAUGCAACAACGAAUGCUGCCCAGUGAACGGCGAAUGGAGUGAUUGGAGUUCCUGGUCGAGAUGCAGUAAAUCUUGUGGUCGUCCUUUCGGAACGCGUUCGCGCACGAGGAAGUGUGACAAUCCACCACCGGAGUGCAGCGGCCGUACCUGCAGUGGCCACAACAACGACAAAAAGCCGUGCAACAGAAUUGAAUGUGCCGUUAAUGGCGGUUGGAGUUCCUGGAAUCUGUGGUCACCAUGUACACGAAGCUGCACGGGGGGACUGAAGACUAGGAUACGAAUUUGCAACAAUCCAAGGCCUCAGUAUGGAGGAAAAAGUUGCUCUGCAUUUGCACACCAGUCAUCGCUCUGCAAUGCACAAGCAUGUCCAGUGAACGGUGAGUGGUCGUAUUGGCAAACGUGGAGUCCUUGUUCUCGUUCGUGUCGUCCUGGAGGGCAACGAAACAGGAGGCGUUCUUGUUCAAACCCGACGCCUCAACACGGAGGACGAACCUGCUCCGGAUUCGAUGUCGAUCGUCGCGAUUGCAAUAGCCAAAGUUGUCCCUUAAAUGGAGGUUGGGCUGCGUGGUCGACUUGGCAGCUUUGCUCUCAUUCAUGCGGUGGUGGCCAAACAUUGAGAGUGAGGAGCUGUACAAAUCCAAGACCUGAUUUUGGAGGGCAACGAUGUCCUGGAGAGAACAAUCAGUACACAACGUGUAACAAAUUUCCAUGUCCAGUGGACGGUAAGUGGAGUACUUGGAGUGAGUGGACGCCUUUUUGCAGUCAAGACAAAUGCCAAGGAUCAAAUCAGCAGAGGCGAAGAAUAUGCGAUUCACCGCCACCUGAAAAUGACGGACGGACUUGUCCCGGACAUGACAUCGACAAGAGACCUUGUGGUGGUCUCUUGUGUCCAGUGAACGGUGGUUGGGGAGAAUGGAGUAGCUAUACACAAUGCACUAAGACUUGCGGCGGAGGCCAAAGAACGAGAUACAGACGCUGUGAUAAUCCGAGGCCUUGGAACAAUGGUCUCUACUGCGUCGGGUCUGACUUCGAGACAAGCAAUUGUAGCACACAAUGCUGUGCUGUUCACGGCGGAUGGUCCGAAUGGACCUCUUGGACAAAUUGCGACUUGACCUGUCUAGUUUCUGAUUGUUUGAGAGGGUUGAAAAACAGACAACGAGCGUGCUCGAAUCCUCGUCCACAGUGUGAAGGAAUGGAAUGUCCAGGUAGCAACAUCGAACGACGUGAAUGCUUCCCACCAAGAUGCCCUAUCAAUGGUGGCUGGAGUAGCUGGGCGCUUUGGUCGGCUUGUUCAGUAACUUGUAAGGGCGGUACCCGUUUUCGAAAUCGAGCCUGUACUAACCCGAGACCUCAGUUCGGAGGCAUAAAUUGCCCAGGAAAUAGCAGGCAAAACGAGAGAUGCAAUGAAGUUUGCUGUCCAGUUGCUGGCGUCUGGAGCGCUUGGAACGCCUGGUCUGUGUGCUCAGCGACAUGCGCCCAAGGAGUACGCAAAAGACAGAGAGCAUGCAGCAAUCCGGCACCGUCAUGUAGCGGAAAAUCGUGCGACGGAUUUUCAGAAUUGACGGAGUCGUGCAACGAAAGAUGUUGUCCUAUCACAGGCGGUUGGGGAAGUUGGUCGUCGUGGUCACCUUGUCAGGCCUCUUGCGGUCGCAGCAUCCAAAUCAGAAAUCGUUUGUGUAACAAUCCAGCUCCGGGGUGUGGUGGGAGCAGUUGCGGUGGAUCUACUCAAGACCAGUCGUCCUGCUGCAAUGAAAACUGCUACGCAAAAGCUUCUAGGUCCCAAUCCUACACGUACUAUGCACAGUCUGCCUACCAGAGUAGGUACAGAACAUCCUGUGGACCUUUUGGUUGGAAACGGUGCACAAAAUAUAGGACCAGCUACCGCAGCAGCAGCCGACGAGCAUACCGCACCACUUACUUUACCACGACUACGUCUACUUGCUAGUAGUCACUUAGCCAUGUGACUGCUAAAUUACAAGCAGAGCAUGGCACGGAAUGGAACAGAUGCAUUGUAUACGUAAAGCAUUUUGUUGUAAAUGCUACAAAUGAAAACUAGUCUUCUCAUUUCGGUUAGCAGUACCUUGUACUCAAGUUUGCCUUUAUGUCUUCGUGCGCGAGCAAAAGCCUAUAUAGACAUGAAGCUCCGGGGGUAGCCCCUCCAGAUUAGAAAGUUACUAUAUAACAAAUACUUCUUAAAAAGUGAAUCUUGUAAGU